AUGGCCGCCUCUCAAUCCCCCGCAGACAUCCAAGCCUCUCUCCGCCAACUCCUCGACAAAACCACCGCCGGCCCAACGCCGUCUGUGGCCGGCCUCGUAUACCAGGCCGUUGGCCGGCAUGGCGAGCCCAUAUUUAGCCAUGCCUCUGGAGCCAGAGGCCUGGUCCCAGGCAGCAGCAGCAUGACGCCCGACACCGUCUUCUGGAUGGCCUCGUGCACCAAGAUGAUCACGGGGAUCGCAUGCAUGCAGCUCGUCGAGCAGGGCAAGCUGGCGCUCGAUGAUGUGCAUCUCGUCGAGCGGCUUGCCCCCGAACUGAGAGACGUCAAGGUACUGGAUGGCGAUGCGCGGACCGGCUUUAGGCUGGUCGAAAAGCAAAGGGGGAUCACGCUGAGGAUGCUACUGAGCCAUACCGCUGGCUUUGGCUACCCCUUCGACGACCCUCGUCUGCGCGACUACUCCUUCCCCAUCGGCUUCGAUGAGUUCGCGGGCAACGCAGACGACGUGUUGGGCCUGCCACUCGUCAACCAGCCCGGCACCAAGUUCCAGUACGGCGUCAACGUCGACUGGGCCGGCGCACUCGUCGAGCGUGUGACGGGCCUCUCGCUGGACGAGUACUUCCGGGCACACAUCUUCGAGCCGCUCGGCAUAGAGGAUAUACGCUUCUUCCCCACGGCGGAUAUGAAGAAGAGACUGGCGUAUAUGCACCGACGAGACGGGCGUGAUGGCUCGUUGAAGGUCGUCGACCACCAGUAUCGGUUUCCGCUGGCAGAGAAGCGCAGCAGUCUGUUUUGUUCUGGUGGCGCAGGCUGUUUUGGGACGGUGGCCGAGUAUUGCACUGAUGGCGACGAAGAAAUUAUCACCGUCCUGCUCAACAACGGCACAUGCCCCAGGACCAACGCUCGCAUCCUCAGCCCAGAGUCCAUCAACGGUAUACUCCUAUCCACUUUCUGUCAAGCCUCAAUUAAUGUUGGUAUAGAGAUGUUCACCGACCAAAUCCCCCAACUCCCGCGAUACCCCAACCGGCCCGCGGAGACUGCCAAACCGCAUCUCGCCAAACCCAGCCCUGUGCGCCCUCUCGCAAACCCCGCGGCAGACGCGCAACGAACCGAGGGAUGGGGCCUGACAUUUGCGCUGUCGCAUGUUGACAACAGAGUCACUGGACGGCCGGCGGGGACGGGCUCGUGGGAGGGAAUUGCGAAUCUGUUCUGGUUUGCGGAUCGCAAGUCUGGCAUUGGCGCGAUGAUUGCCAGUCAGAUUCUGCCGUAUGGAGACAACGCGGUUCUCGAUGUCAACGAGGCGGUUGAGCAGUUGCUAUAUAGUGGCCUGAAGAGGACCGAGGAUUCGUACAAAUAG